CAUACGCAGCCGUCGCUCUUUAAAGCGCCCGCGCGGGGCCGCGUCUUGCCGGCCGACCCGCCACCGUCCGGCAUGAGGGGUUGGGGUGUUGCUGUCACCUCCUGCUCGCUCAAGCACCAUGGAACGCCUGCGGAGCCUGAGCCGGCUCCUGCCCCGGCGCACGCUGUGCGCUCUGGCCCAGGGCCUGACGCCUGGGGCGCGCCCAGUUGCCGCCUGCGGCCGCGCGGCCCACAUCCUCGGGCGGAGCCGGGCCGCGCCGCUGUGCGGGCCCCGCCGGCCCCCAGUGGCAGGUGAAAUGCACCGGUUUAGAACUUCUGAUGUCUCUCAAGCCACUUUAGCCAGCGUAGCCCCGGUGUUUACUGUGACAAAAUUUGACAAAGAGGGAAACGUUACUUCUUUUGAAAAGAAGAAAACUGACUUAUAUCAAGAAUUAGGUCUUCAAGCCAGAGAUUUGAGGUUUCAGCAUGUGAUGAACAUCACAACAAGAAACAAUAGAAUUAUCAUGAGAAUGGAGUAUUUGAAAGCUGUGAUAACUCCAGAAUGUCUUCUGAUACUAGAUUAUCGUAAUUUAAAUUUAGAGCAAUGGCUAUUCCGGGAACUCCCCUCACAGUUGGCUGGAGAAGGACAACUUGUCACAUACCCUUUACCUUUUGAGUUCAGGGCUAUAGAAGCACUCCUACAAUAUUGGAUCAGCACUCUUCAGGGGAAACUUAGCGUUUUGCAACCACUGAUCCUUGAGACACUGGAAGCUUUAGUGGAUCCCAAACAUUCCUCUGUAGACAGAAGCAAACUGCACAUCUUGCUACAAAAUGGCAAAAGUCUGUCAGAGUUAGAAACCGAUAUCAAAAUUUUCAAAGAGUCCAUUUUGGAGAUCUUGGAUGAAGAAGAGAGGCUGGAGGAGCUCUGUCUGACAAAGUGGAGUGACCCACAAGUCUUUGAAAAGAGCAGUGCAGGAAUCGACCAUGCAGAAGAGAUGGAAUUGCUGUUGGAAAACUACUACCGAUUAGCGGAGGAUCUUUCCAAUGCAGCGCGGGAACUCAGGGCACUGAUUGAUGAUUCACAGAGUAUCAUAUUCAUCAAUCUGGACAGCCACCGUAAUGUGAUGAUGAGGCUGAACCUGCAGUUGACCAUGGGAACCUUCUCUCUUUCACUCUUUGGACUAAUGGGAGUUGCUUUUGGAAUGAAUCUAGAAUCUUCUCUUGAAGAGGCAUUGGUAGCUUGCUUAUUUCAGUCAAGUCACAGCUUUGAAGAUGGAAGUGUUACCCUACUUUACAGAUGAGAAAACUGAGGCCCAGGAAAUUGAGGUAAUUUGCUCAAGGGCUCAGUGCUAUAAAGUAACAGUUAGGAUUUGAGCCCGAGACUUGUACUCUGCACUUGGCUGCACUUUCACAUUAAUGCAACACUAAACUGCCAGAGUUCUUCAUAUCAUCGUAGCCUUGUAUUUUCAGAAAAUACCUUACUGUAAGAUUUCCAGAAAAUAAUCUGAAUACGCACUCAGCACUCUUUUUGGCUCCAUGUCCUACGUAAUCUGUAAGGUCAUUCUCUGUCUCUUUCCCUGUCGUCCUUGUCCAACCGGUGUCCUGUCUCAUCAGGACACUUCCACUUCUAAAAAGUGGCCUGUAAAAGAAGCACAUCUGGUGGUCACUCUUCUGUGAAACUGUCCAGUGGUUUUUGAUUGCCCUUAAAAUAAAGAUCCAGGCUCCUUGGGCUGCAGGACUCUUCCUGGUGUGUGUGCCCUCGUCUGCACGUUGAGCCAACCACUCGGCCCCACUGUCCAUGCUGCAUUGAUCUUUCUGUACAGGCUCACUUCCUCCCACACAUGUUCCCUCAGCUCCCACCUCCUCUGCCUGAUUGGCUCCUACUUCCUCUCAGGUCUCAGCUUACUUGUCACUUCCAAGGACAAUCAUCAGCGAGGCACAGUGUUAGUCAUUUUAGUUCUCCUUGUACUGAGAUGUAAAGAAAAAUAAAUGCAGUCCAUUUAUUCGUUCAUCCUCUAAACAGAGUUUUGGUGCCUGUUACAUACUAAGCACUGCUUUCAGCCUUAGGGAACCAGCAGGGAGUCCCUGCCCACGUGGGGGUCACGUGACAGUAGGAGAGAGCAUAGAAAUAGACAUGUAGUACAUUAGGUGAGAAGUGCCAUGAAAGAAAAGCCCGGCACAAGGAUGAUGCUCACAGGAAGUAAGAUGAGGAGAUGGGCUGGUCAGAGAAGGUCCUUCUGAGGAGCUGACCGUACAGAAUGGGACGGUCUAUGGGAAGGUACGCGAGGCACAGGGGGCCGCACAUGUACUGACUGCAGCAGGGAUGGGCUGCACUUCUUUAAGGAGCAGAAGGCCGGAAGGGGCAAGAGAAGGUGAGUCAGGAAGAGAGAGGUAGGGAAGGAGGUCACAGAGUAGACAGGUGGGAGAUCGUGGUGAUUUUGUAGAGCCGGAUAGGGUUUGAAUUUAUUUUAGGUGUGCUGGGCAUCUGUUCUGAGGCCAGGAGUUUUAGAAUUCUUCUAUGAUAGCUCCCGGCCCGUGUGGUCCCCUCUGGUAGCUCCUGGCCUGUGUGGUCCUCAGUGUGGAGCCGCCCCAUUGAGAUGAGAGGUGAGUCGUUCGGGGGGAUUGGUUCCCACACAACAAGAUUCGGAUCAGUACCUCACCCGUUACAAAUUCUGUCUCUGGGGAUCCUGAAGAAUAGGAAAAACUUCUUGUUUUUUUCUUUUUAAGAUAAUUUUAGAAUCUUCCAAGAAUAGUCCCAGAAUUCCCAUAGAGCCUUCAUGCAGUGUCUUCAAACACCAACAUUACAUCACAUUCACUCUGUCAUUGUAUCUGUUUGUGCAGCCUUUUUUUCCUGAACCACUGGAGAGUAAGCAACACAUGUGAUGCCCCUUCACCUGUAAAUAUUUCACUAUAUACCUUUCAGUAUAUACUUCCUAGAAACAUGGGCAUUCUCAUAUAUAACCACAAUGCAGAUGUCAAAAUCAGGAAACUGACAUUGAAACAGUGCUGUUUUACAGUCUGCGGACCCUAUUUGGAUUUAGGCUUUUGUCUCGGUGCUGCUCUUUGUCUCUUAGAAGACCUUGGAUCACAUAGUUACCCUGUCUCCCGAGACUCUUAAUGGAGAUCAGCUUUCUGAUCUUUGUCUUUCAUGGCCAUGACACUCACUAAGAAAGAGAUUUGUUAUUUGACCCUUGAUAGCCUUUCUUUGUCCUGAGGUUCUGGUUAUGCAUUGUCAGUAUGUUCUUACAUUGAGUCCCAUCAGGAAGCACAUGAUGUCUGUUUGUCCCAUUAUUGGGACCAUCGGUUAGGGAGGUGUCUGCUAACUUUCUCUCCUGUAAAGUGACUCUGUCUGUGGAGUGAAAUGUCUCGGAGGGAGAUACUUUGAGACUGUGUAAAAAUCCUGUCAUUCUUCAAAUUUUCACCCUCUGGUUUUUGCAUCUGUCACUUGACCAAAAACUAAUUCAUGCCUGAAUCAAAUAUUACUGUGAUGGUUACCAAAUGGAGAUUUUUUU